AUGUCAUCUAGUGAUACCUCUCUCAAUGGUCGUAGCCUAGAGCACGAAACGAUUGCGACUGAAGCAGACAAGAACCAGCGUAGUUCGAAUAAGCGCAAAGCUUUAUCGCCUUCACCAAGCGAAGAUAAAUCUAGCCAGUCGCCAAAAAGAUCUAGAAUUGGUGAUGGCUCGAGGGAAGACAGUACUGUCAAGCCGCAGUCCAUACCAAAGGAGCCCUCUACAGAUCGCCGCGAAAGCGCGCUGCAGGAGGAAAGGAGACGCGGAAAGCGCUUAUUUGGUGGUUUGCUAAGCACAUUAAGUCAAACCACUUCUAGCUCUCAGCAAAAGAGACGUCAAGAGAUUGAGCGACGACAGCAGGCAAAAGUUCACCAGCAGAGAGCCGAAGACGAUAAGCAUAGAGAAGAGAAGCUAGCAAAGCUAAGAACCGUACGGCAGUUGGAACAGUUCAAGUUUGACGAGCGAGUUAUGCAAAACAGGCAUUCCAAUAUGCUGGCGACGGCACGUUUUUUAGAAACUAAAAGUACACCUAAGAUAUAUUAUCUGCCGUGGGACCCCACAGAAGAGCAAGAAGACAUGAUUAAGGAUCAGACCCGAGAGGUUGAGGACAUCAUCGAUAAGGAGGUCUUCGAUUUUAAGCAACGCAAAGAACAGAAGUUGAAGGUAUUGGGCGUCGCCGUUAGAUCUCCUACGCCUGAACUCAAGGACACAGUGGGUAAUAACCCCAAUGAUGAACGCCCUGCUGACCCUCCACAAUCUAACCCUACCAAUCGCCCGCCUUCCCACGCUGGUAAGAUCGGUCAUGAAAGGGAGUCCGAUAGGGCGGAUGAUGUUGUGAUAGAAGAGGUUGAGGAUACGGUCAUUUACUGA